AUGAUCUACGAAGGAGGUGGUGGGGAAGGCGCCCCGCCUGCGGAAGGGGCCCCACCUGCAGAAGGUGCCCCACCGGCUGAGGGCGCCCCGCCGGCUGAAGGGGCCCCCGCGCCAGCAGAAGGUGCCCCUGCCCCAGCUGAGGGCGCCCCCGCCCCAGCCGAAGGCGCCCCUGCGCCCGCCCCAGCUGACGGCGCCGCCCCACCAGCAGCGCCUGCGGAAGGCGCGCCUGCGGCCGCUCCCGCUGCGCCUGCGGAAGGCGCCCCAGCGGCACCGGCGCCGGCGCCCCCUGCUGAAGGUGCUCCCGCAGCGCCCCCAGCAGAAGCCCCAGCUGCA